ACCAAAGCCGCUUCGUAUUCGUGCUUUCCACCACCGUCCACCCACAAACUCUGCAGAUGGCCUUGGCUAGACCAACGACGAAAUUACCUCCAGGUGCAAAUCGCAUCCUCUUUGUCAAGAAUUUGGACUACAACAUCACCGGGGAAGACCUAUACGAGUUGUUUGGCCGUUACGGGAGCAUAAGACAGAUUCGAAUAGGGAAUGAGCAAAAGACGAAGGGGACUGCCUUCAUAGUAUUCGAUGAUGUGAUGGAUGCUAAGAAUGCCCUUGACCACUUGAACGGCUUCCAUUUGCAGGGCCGAUAUAUCGUCGUCCUGUACCACAUGCCCGCUAAACAGGACGCAGCGGCGGCUAAAGCCGACCUUGCCCGCCGAGAGGAAGAGUUAGCUCAGUUGAAGAAGAAGCAUGACAUCAAGGAUGAAAGCUGAUCGUGUAGUCCGUAUUUUCUCCGUCGUCUCGGAUAGCUCCUUUAUCACAUGCAAUCCUCUUAUCUGCCAUGCUUAACAGCUUAAUCCUGUAUCACCACCUGUUUGUAUUCUAUUGAUUCCGGCCUGCUCUUUCGCGCGAGUCGCAGAUCGCUGGGUGUUAGAGGCACGAGUCCUUGGUGAGCAGCUGCUGAGUACCGUAACGUCUGAAGAAUGGCCUGAGAUGCAGUCGUCCCUAGCC